ACGACUGCCUCCAGUCUCUUCUGGUCAACACCAUGGCCAGGACCCGGAGUGACCAUCUACUCUACUCCCUGGAAGAGCUUUUGCCCUAUGACUUCGAAAAGUUCAAGUUCAAGCUGCAGAACACCAGCCUGGAGAAGGAGCACACCCGGAUCCCCCGGGGCCAACUGCAGACAGCUGAGCCGGUGAAGCUGGCCUCUCUGCUGGUCAACCACUACGGGGAGGAAUAUGCGGUGCAGCUGACCCUGCAGGUCCUGAGGGCCAUCAACCAGCACCUCCUGGCAGAGGAGCUUCACCGGGUGAUCAGCCCAGAGUGUUGGAUACAAGAAAGUGACACAGACAGCUCAGCAACGUCAGGUUCCUCUGGGGAGAUGAAGCCCAAGAGCCUAAAGACCUCAGAUGGUCUGGAAGGUGACAAGCAGCGACAAAGUGCUGAUGGGGCUGGCUGCCCACCCUCCAGCCAGCCUGAGGCUGGCAGGGGGCCCCAGAAAAAGCCUCUGGGCAAGCAGCGAGAUCAGAAAGGCUCUGAGGGCCUGGAGGUGCAGGGCAAGCUGGGGGCCAGGAACACGACUCUGUCUUCCAAGAGAAGCCCCGUCCUCCCCAAGGUGCCACGGGAGAAGGAGAAAGGGAGCUAUCCAGUUGUCAGGCUGCGGAGGAAUGCCAGCUCUGCAGGAAGGCUCCAGGGACUCACCAGCGGGUCAUUCGCUGGGUCCCCAGGAAGGAGAGAAACAAAGACAUCAGAAGUAUGUUUACCUUCAGGAAAGAAGCGACCCAAAAGUCUUGAACUUACCAUUUCUCCAGAAGAGACAGGACCCCUCAAUCCAGAAACUCUUCUGCUUCAGGAGAAAAUGAACACUGAGAAUCCAACCUCAGCAACCACUGCCAGCGAAGUGGCCACUCUGAAAACAGGGCCGACCGCGACUCUGGAGAAGGGCUCCAGGAAUCCAGAGCAUGCCAUGACCCUGGAGAGGACAGCACUCAGGAAUACACCUUUCAGUGUACCGCUGGCUGGAAAGACGAUGAUUGGGGAGCAUCUAGAACCCACAGCUCCUGCAGAGAGGAGUGGAACUGGGGCUCUGAAGGCCUCCAGUGUGCCCCAUGAGCCUUCAGAUCCAGAAGUCUCUCCGUCUUCAGGGAGGCUGCAGGACAAGGCUGUGUGUCCUCUCUGCCGUGCCCAGGAAGGAGACCCAGUUGGUGGCAGCUGUGUGCACAUCUCCUGCAGCUGCUCUGCGGCUUCCAGGGACCCUGAGGCCUCACUCAGCCGCUCAUCCAGCUGCCCCCGGUGCCAGGACUUGCUCCCAGGGAAGAGCCACGGAAGCCGUGAGUGGCAGGAGGGCCUGCAGAUGACCAGCCUGAACCCCAAGAACCUGCCACAGUGUGAGCGUCACAUGAAGCAGGUGCAGCUGCUCUUCUGCGAGGACCAUGGGGAGCUCAUCUGCCUUAUCUGCCGGCUGAGCCAGGAGCACCGGGGCCACCGGGUGCGCCCCAUUGAGGAGGCUGCCCUGGAAUACAAGGAGCAAAUUCAGAAGCAGUUGGAGCAUCUGAAGGAGUUGAGAAAAUCUGGAGAGGAGCAGAGAUCUCAGGGGGAUAAGAAAACAGUGAACUCCCUGAAACAAGCUGAAACCCAGAAGCAGAGAAUCCAGUGCCAGUUGGAGCAGCUGUGCCAGUUUCUAGAGCAGCAGGAGCGGCUCUUUGUGGCCUGGCUAGAGGAACUGGGCCAGACCAUCGGCCAGGUUAGGGAGACGUACGGCACCCGAGGGAAGAGGGACAUCGCCCUUCUCGACGAGCUGAUUGGGGAGCUGGAGGCCAAGCAGUGCCAGCCAGAGUGGGAGUUUAUGAAGGACAUUGGAGUCACCUUGCACAGGGCCAAGAUGGUGACUGUCCCUGAGCUGUGGGCCACGCCACCAGAGGUGAAAGAGAAGAUCCACCUGCUCUACCAGAAAUCAGAGUUUGUUGAGAAGCGCAUGAAGCACUUCUUGGGUAGGUGGGCUUGCGGGAGAAUGGGAAGAGCCCCCUCACCUGCCCUCAAGAACCGUGUAGCCUGGGUCCCCUGGCGUCUCUUCUCCAUCUCUCUUGUCCUUUCUGUCUUGCCUUCAGUCUCUCCCAGAUCUGUCCCCAUCUGGGGAACCUAACUCGAACUCCUUCUCUCCUUUUAGAGACCCUGCGCUCAGAAGUGGAAACAUUCAAUGGUGAGUAUGGUGGUGGUAGUUUGUGCUGGCCAGGGGUCCCUUGUGAUUUCUA